AUGAAACCAAGUAUCUUGCUUAUAUCGUUGCUUUCGAGUAUAGUUUUUGCAUCUUCAAAUGAUUUCAAUACCAAACUAUCAAAUAUAGAUCUAAAGUUUCAACAAAGUGGUCCUUCAUUAGAACUUUUAGAUAAUUAUGAUGUACUCAUAAAAGAAAUAAAUAUAUCUGAGGAUACUAAAAAGGGUGCUGACAAGGAAUCCCAGACAAUACUGGGUAAGAUUUAUUAUAAGAAAGCUCUUGUUGAAUUGAGUUUGGGGAAAGAUUUAAAUUCUAUUGAGAAUUUAAUCAAAUCAUUAGAAUUAAAUCCUUCAAAUCCAGUUGUUAAAAAAAAUCUAUUGGAAUUGUGUGUUAAAUAUGGUCUCAAGGAUAGAUUAUACUCUUUGAAAUCUUUAUUUGCUGAUCAAGAUGAAAGUUAUUUGGAUGCUUUAAAUUCAGUUAAUACAGUUGAUACUUUAGUAUCAACAGGUAAUUUGACAGAUUUGAAUGAAGCUAUCAAUAUAUCACCAUUAGACUCUUCACUACGAUCAAAAAGAAUUGAACUAACCACUCAAGAUAUUCAAAAAACUGGUGAUUAUUUGAAAUUCUUAGAUUUAGUUGAUGAUAUGACAAGUCUUAUAAAAACCAAUCCUGUUAAUAAUUUGAAUUACAUUAAUGAAUUAUCAGAAAUUCAUCUUUUUGGCCUUGUUGAAGCUCAACAUGCAUUGAAUCAUAACAAAAAAUGUCUUCAUUAUGAUUUCGAUAAUUCAGAAUGUAAAAGGAAUUCAAAAUUUAUCAAUAAAUAUGGAACAUUAUUACAGAAUUUAUCAAACUUUCAUAAAUAUUUUACAUAUUUGGAUGAAAAGGAAGAAAAUGAAGAAACUUUUGAUCUUUCUGAUGAUGGUAUCAAACAAGGUGUUAAUUUGUUAUUAAAUCCUUCAGAAUUUUAUAAGAUUAGAAGAGAGAAUGAUAAUUUCAAAACCAAUAAUGAUUAUUUAUUACAUAGAUCAAAAGAAUUUAACAAACGUUAUGGGAUCAAAUAUAACCAUUUGGAAUUAACAGUCUUAAAAACAUUAAUUUAUAAUGCAUUCAUCAAUAAUGAUCACAGAGGAUUGAAAACAUUAAUUAAACAAUUAGAUAACAUAGUUCCAAAUGCAUCAGAAACUUUUUUACCAUUAGUUUUAAUUAAAGUUGACAAUUUUAUCAAGAAUAAUCAAUUUCAACAAGCAACACAAUUAAUUCAAGCUUUAAAUUCAAAUUGUAAACAUUCACAUCAUUAUCAAUCAAGAGCUUCAAAAAUAAAUGCACAUAAUCAACAACAACAACGUCAACAACGUCAAUAUCAACAACAACAGCAACAACAACAACGUCAACAAUAUUUCCAACAACAACAACAACCAAAAAAACCUAAAAAUGAUUAUUAUAAACUGUUGAAUAUUUCAAAAGAUGCAGAUCAACCAACAAUUAGAAAAGCAUAUAGAGAAAUGACAAAACAAUAUCAUCCUGAUAAAUAUAAAGGUGAUUUACCACAAGAAGAAAUUGAUGCUAAAAUGGCACAAAUUAAUAGUGCUUAUGAAGUUCUUUCAGAUCCUGAAUUAAGAGAAAGGUAUGAUAGAGGUGAUGAUCCAAAUGAUCAUGAAUCUGGUGGAGGUGGUGGUGGUAGUCCAUUUAGACGUGGAAAUGCACAUAAUCCAUUUGGUAAUGGUCAUAAUUUUAUGAAUUUUGGAGGAUUCGGUCAAGGUGGUGGUUUUAAAUUUAAAACUGGAGGGGCCAAAUUUAAAGAUAAUAGAGGAAAGAAAAGAAGAAGUGGGUUUUAA